CCUGCCGACGUGGCGGGGCGGGGAAGGGCCAGGGGGCGCUCGGGGGACCAUCUCUGCCGGCUCGAGCGGAAUAAAAAUGUCUGAAGACACAAGUAACACUAUAGCACCUGAAGAAAAAGCUGAGAUAACCAAGAUGCCCGAUACGGAUUCUUUACUUGAGGAUGCUGCAUCACACCAUGAAACACCCAAAAUUUUGAAUGAAUCUCCACCAGUUGGACUAAAAGAAGAGGUAGAUAAAACCUCAGAAGUACAGGAUGAAGAGGCGGUCCGUAUCCAGUAUCCUAACAAUCCCUUGGCAGAAGACACAGCUGCAAAGGAACCUCCUUCUAAUGGGGGAGUAACAGAAGAUGUACUUGUUGAGUGCAUUGAGUCUGUAAGCCUUGAUCCAGACCCUGCGUCUGAAGUGUUACUGAGUGAACAAAGCAACCAGGAUGAGGACUCUUCUUCUCAAGGAAGUGGGUGGACAGGAUGGGGAUCCUGGGGAAAAUCCCUUUUGUCAUCUGCCUCUGCUACAGUUGGUCAAGGAUUAACAGCAGUUAAAGAAAAAGCAGGGGCCACCCUCAGGAUUCAUAAUGCAAAUUCUAGGUCAUCUGAAGGUGAACAGGUGGAUGCAGAUAAAACACUCCAAGUAACAGAAGCUGGCACAGAUCAGAGCUCUGGUGAAGGUCCACCCUCUUCCCCCUCAGGGUCCCGAGGGAUGCUGUCAACUAUCACCACCGUUGUUCAUAACACGGGUAAAAGUGUCUUAAGUGGUGGCCUGGAUGCUUUGGAAUUCAUCGGCAAGAAAACCAUGAAUGUCCUUGCAGAAAGCGAUCCGGGUUUUAAGCGGACCAAAAUAUUGAUGGAAAGAACAGUUUCUCUAUCUCAGAUGUUAAGGGAAGCAAAAGAAAAAGAGAAGCAGAGAUUGGCUCAGCAGCUCACAGCAGAAAGAACGGCACACUACGGGAUGCUUUUUGAUGAAUAUCAAGGCUUGUCACACCUGGAAGCCCUAGAAAUUCUCUCUAAUGAAAGCGAAAUCAAGGUUCAGUCAUUUUUAGCAUCACUUGACGGAGAGAAACUGGAGAGCUUUAAAAAUGACCUAAUUUCUAUUAAAGACAUCUUUACACCAAAGGAAUCAGAGAGUGAAGAGAAUCAAGAGGAGAAAGAUGAAAAGGGAGAAUUUGUUAGCAUGCUAACGGAACUUCUCUUUGAAUUGCAUGUUGCAGCGACUCCUGACAAACUCAAUAAGGCUAGAAAAAAGGCUCAUGACUGGGUAGAAGAAGCUCAAACUGUGACACCAGCUGAUGUGGUAGAACAGCCAGUGGAGAAAACUCUAGAUGAUGAAGAAGAGAAUCCUAAAGUCCCUGAAGAUGAAAAUAAAGGAGAAGAAAAGAAGUCCAAGACACUAGAGGAAGUGUACAUGUUAUCGAUUGAAAGUCUUGCUGAAGUAACUGCACGCUGUAUUGAACAGCUUCAUAAGGUAGCAGAGCUAAUUCUUCAUGGGCAAGAAGAGGAAAAACCAGCCCAGGACCAAGCAAAAGUUCUUACAAAAUUAACCAGUGCAAUGUGUAAUGAAGUGGCCUCCUUGUCUAAGAAGUUUUCUGAUUUUUUAACUGCCACUGGGAGCAACCAGAAGGCCGAGGUCCUUAACCCAAUGAUCAAUAGUGUUUUGUUAGAGGGUGCCAAUAGUACUACAUACAUCCAGGAUGCUUUCCAGCUGCUGCUUCCUGUUCUGCAGAUUUCACAUAUCCAAACCAAUUGUUUGAAAGAAGAACAAUGACAGUUGCCAGAAUCUAUCACCAUGUAGAGGGAAGCCACGGCCCCAUUCUUGCAGUGUUUGUGGUUAGGGGGAUGUCUUAAAAGAAAACUGGCUCUAGAAGGCCCAUCAGAGGACACUACAGCAGUUUUGCACAGACAGUAUUGAAAAUAAAUGUUUAAAGACAUUUCUCUUAAUGUAUAUGGUUGUUAGAACAGCUUUUUUUUGCAAAUAGUAAUAUUUUCUUCAUAUUAAUUUAAACUGAAACAGCACAUAUAUUCAAAAUAGUGUUGGCUUAACUAUAUUUCCAUUCAUAAAAAUAAUUCCUAUCCUUUAAUUGGUAAAUCAUACUGUGUCAGGAGAUCCCAUGAUCUUGAAUUCCUUAAAUCCUGAAUGCAGAUAGUGUCAAAUUUCCCACUCUUCAAGCAUUAAUUUUUAAAAUUUUAACUUAAUUUUUAUGCUAAAUUUUGAUGUAGAAAACACAUCUCUUAUGAAAUUUUCAUCUUAGAUAGUAAGGCAGUAUGGUAUAGUGCAAAAGCACCCCGUGUACUGAAAUACAGGGGACCUGAAUUCAGGCUCUGCCAGUUUAUUAACCUUGGGUGAGUCACUUAAUUUCUCCAAAUCUCAGGUUUCUCAUUUGUAAAAAAUAAGGUGGUUAGUCUAGAUUAUAGGUUCUUAACCUCUUUUGUGUCAUGGACUCUGCUAGCAGUCUGGUGAAGCUUAUGGAUCCAUUCUCAGAAUGUUUUUAAAUACAUAAAAUAAAAUACAUUGGAAACCAAUUUCAAUAUUGAAACACAGUUAUCAAAGUAUUUUAAAAAAACUUAUAGACCCCAGACUAAGAAUCCUUGGACCAGAUGAAUUCUAAGUUUCCAUCCAGUUCUAAAAUUCUAUGACAACAUAUACUGUGCCUAAUUAUGUACUCAAAAUAUGUAAUCAGAUCUGUAAUAAAGGAAAGAGCUUUCAAUUUGAGUUUUACUAUAAUUUAUUGAAUCUGAAAAAACAUUAAUAGUAUUCCUACAAAAAAUUAAAAGAGUAAGGAAAAUAGAGAAUGUCUUUAAUACUUGGUUUCUUGUUCAUUAUAUAUUUUUUUUCUAAUUGACAUGUAAUGUAUCAAUCUGGUGCUGUUAAAUGAUUUUUUUUACUGUAAGAAGAGAUUUUUAGCUAUUUAGCUGAAUAAAUCUGAAUUGAUUUGAUAAGUGCAUGACAACAUAGCUUUACCAGACUAUAAGCUCCUUGAAGGUGGGACUAUGUCUUAUUUUACUUAUUUUGCUUUUGAUCCCCAGAGCUUACACAGUACCUCAAAAAUGGGUACAUAAUAAACAUGAAUUGAAUCAAUAUCAGUAUCAUGGUCUUUGCAAUCAAGGUAUCUAUUUAUGAAUUCAUUUAUAUGUGGAGAUGAUGCUACAUGACCUGAAUAAUGAGUAAAAUCCUUAGGAAAGUAUAGCAGAGUGUUUACCAUGUCAAGGAGGGUGUAGGGGAAAGAGGAAGGGAAGGAUAGAAUUUGGAACUCAAAACUUAAAAAAAACCCCAAAAUGUUUAAAACUGUCUUUACAUGUAAUUGAAGAAAAAAUAAAAUGUUAUUUAAGCAGAUUGGGAGGCCUUCACAAGUCAUCAUUGCAAAUGGAUGCUCACACCUAUGAAGCUAUCUAUUACCUUCAGGGUCACUAGUAAAUGCAUACUCUGUCUACUCUUUUCCCUCUUGGACUCUAUUGAAAAUCCAGAAAGGAUUAUUACAAGAGUUGUCCAGUGGAUCAUUCAGUACCACAUGAGGCCAGCUGGUUUACAAAUGUUCUCCACGCUACAUAGCCCUUUGUCCUCACAUAUUCCUUUAUUUAUCUUUCUGGUAGGGUAUCUCCAGCCCAUACACACUCCCACCCUCACAAACUCCUGUUGUGGAGUAUCCUAUUCCUCAGAACUUCAUGUAUUGAGGGUAUGAUGGCCUGGAAAACCCGAAGGAGGAAACUAUAAAGAAGCAUUGCUAUAGGGUCUGAAAAACUUGUUUUUUCUGUGGGAAGCUUCCAUUAUAAUAACCUGCAUUAUAUGGGGCUUUGAAGAUUUACAAAGCAUCUUACAAAUAUUAUCUCAUUUUAACACCACAAAACCCUUUGAGGUAGGCUUAUUAUUCUACAGAUGAUGAAACAGGCUGAGAGGUUAAAUUUUUGUUUCACUUGCUUCCUGCAGAAUAGUAUGAGGGUUAUGAAACCUUUGUAUUUGCCUUUUCAUCAAUUUAAAACAUUCAGUGUGCAAACAAGAGAAGAAUGUAUGCAGAAUCAUGCUUGCUAUAUGUAAGAUAUUGCAGCUCCAAAGAGCUUUACAGACAUUAAAUUAAUUAAGUGUGCAAUUUUUAAAAGGAACUUGUAGCCAAGAGCAAGAUUUCACUACUUAGAUUUUCAAGCCCAUGGUCAACGACUACUUUCAUCGGUAAUAACAAAUGCAACCUAAACAUCUGAUGUGCGGAAAAGAAAAAAAAAACUAUUUGGGAAUUGUAAAAGUGAUGUAUCACUCUAAAAGAACUGUUUUACUUCAAGAUAUAUUCCUACUGACAAUAGGCAAGCAAUCAAAUGCAUAACAAUUUCCAAGGAUCCAGUUUUAUGUAUUUUGAUUAUAAAGUGAAGAAUCACUUAAAAUGUAGUCGCUUCUCAAACUAGCUUUUUUAAAGCAAUCACACUCCCUUCAUUCCAUUUGUCAUUUACUUUGAAGCUUUGAAAUAUCCAUGAUGUAAUUGGCAUAGGCAUUCCAUCCACUGAGCAGAUCUGUACCCCUCCACACUUCUCAUUUUUUGUGAUUCUCUUGUCAUGGUUUUACUAUUAGGCAGAGGGAAGAGGCAGAGUCAGAACUGGCCUUGGGGUCAAGAAGUCCUGUCUUUAGGUCCUGCCUCUGACCCAUCCUGGAUGGCUAUGUGACUCUAGGCCAGUCAGUUGAUAUCUCAGUGCCCUGAGCAACUCCCUAAGACCAUAACUUGCAGAGAAAAUGCCAACCUGCACUGGCAAAGGGAUCUUCAACUUGGAGUCCUCUCUGCCAGUGAAAUCACACAGCCAAUUCCUAUCUCCUAAUUAUCUGUUUUCCUGUGCCUUUCAAGUCAGUAACAUUCAGGGUGCAGAUCUUGGCAGUCUUGGUUUUGACGCUUUGACAAUCAAUGAAUAGAUGAUAUAUCCAGGAUUUAUUCCUCUGGCACUUUCUAUUUCUUCAGUAAUCCUUUUUGGAUUUAAAUGUGUUUGGCUCACUUUACUCUCAGCCAUCAACACUGAACAAGGAUAUCCAUCUCUUCUUUGCAUCUAAUGCAAAAUUUCCACUUGUCUAAAUUAUGCGUGUGCUCUGUGCUUUACCCUUAUUAAAUGAAAACCUUUAACAGCAUACUUCCAAUUCAAAGUAAAAUGUAUUCAAGAAAAAUUCCUUUUGGGUAUUGAUGCAUACAUUUCCAGGUUUAAUGAGCAGAGUUCAACACAGGGUGGGCAUUAAAGCAGCACACCUCAAUGGAAAUAUUCUCUCCCGCUGACAAUAUAACUACCUGUUUUUACUGGGUCUAGUUCACAAAGAUAUUUUGAAAAGCAUAGUAUAAUGGAAAGUACAUUGGGUGUGGGGUCAGAUGACUUGGUUUCAAAUCCCAGCUCUGCUACUUAUUUUUGUGACCUUGUACAAGUCACUUAGACCUCUCUAGGCCUCAGUUCUGUCAUCUGUAAAAUAAAGGAGUUGAAUUAUGAGACCUCUAAGAUCAUUUCCAACUCUGAAAGCUCUGUUCCUAAGCUCAAUUUUAUGUGAAUAAUAUGUUUAGCUAAGUGGAGUAACAGGGACUUUCUACCAGUAAGAACUAUUUUGGCAGUAUAUUUUCAAGGGUGAAAGAAGGGGCACUCAUGCUUGGAAAGCACUAGGGGUAUACGGUUAUGUAUCACAGACUGUGCUGACUAUUUUGAAGUCCUCCCCUCCCUUACCAAGUACCCAGAAUUUUAUAAACAAUGGCUACUUUCUACAUACCCUGGCCAUUAUCAGUUUGUACUGGAACCAAGAGGGAACACAUUCUGUUUGAGGUCAUCUCUGAUAGUCUUGGACACAACACCCCAGAGCAACCACUUAAUAAAAAAAUUUGAAAUAAAGAUAUAGUUCCUCUUACUUCCUGAAAAACAUCUCCACAAUAGUAACUGUGGGCUGUGUAUUACACAAAACUUAAAUGGGUCUUUCAUUUAGGAAAGUAUUUCUUCUCAUACUCAAAUCAAUGAUCCAUAAUGGAAAAUGUGACCCUUCAGUGUUACUCUUAGAUAUACCCUACUUUUUUACUAUUAGAUCUCAAAAUGUUUUUUUAAAGUAUUGCUUACUAAUCUGCUUCUGAAAAUGGGCUUUAAAAACCCAUUAUCAAAAGCAGUUCCCUACAUUCUAAAAUUAUGCUUCAUCACAUCUCUUUUAGGUGAUCAAAGUUCAAAAUGUCACAGGAGUUCAUUUGAAAAAAAAAUUUUGCCAGACAUGAAUCAUCUCUCUCAAUUAUAUUUAAGAUUAUUUCACCAAAAUGGUGAGGACCAGGGCAAAGGGAGCACACAGUUAAUGAGUUAUUUGUUGAAGUAUUAUGCUAUGACUAAAUCUGUCCCUCCCCCCACUCCCACCCCCAUUACAAUGUAAGUUCCUUGGGAGUAGGACCUGUUUCACUCUUUGUACUUGUAAGCCCUAUUAUCUUAACACAUACUAGGCACUUAAUAAAUGUUUGUUGAUCGGAUUUGACUUGACCAUUUCUCUAUAAUUUAUUCUGUACCAUGUCUAUUGAACAAAGCUGAAUAAAGGAGCUGUUAUUUUCAUUUU